AUGGAAGUAGCUUUCAUUAUUAUAUUUUUACAAUUUUCCUUUUUGGAAGAAUUAGUAGUUCACUCAAUGGAUACAGGAGAAAGCAGUAUGAACGCUAAGGGCAAGGGAGGUGAAAAAGCUGCAGGAUCAAAUCCAAGGGCAAAAGCUACAAAUUGGCCUGCAGUUAUAUCUGAAUUUCUCCUUGAUUGGUACAUUGAGAAGAAGCUGGCGAUGCCUCCAAAAAGUGUUUUCAAGAAGAUGCAUCACACAACUUGUACAUCUGCCGUAAACUCCAAAUAUGGCACUACCUAUACUAUGGAUCAAGUUCAGCGUCAUUGGAGGUGGCAUAAGGAUACUAGUUGGGGACUUGUGGCUAAGCAUAUGAAUGAGAGUGGCGGUGGCUGA